CGGAUAGCUUCUCUGCUGGUGCAAUGAACAAUUCAAAACCCCAUCACUUUUGCGAUUUACACAAUGAGAUAUUGCAGUAUGUUUGCCAAACUUGCAAGAUUCUGGUAUGCCAAAGUUGCACUCUUUAUGAGCACAAGGAGCAUAAUUACUAUUCCGUACAAAGUUUCUGCGACGAAUUGAAGGAUGUAAUUAAGAAUGAUCUUGAAAGUAGUAACACGGACAAGACAUCUAUUACGAGUAGUAUUGACAGUACAUCGAAAUAUCAACGGCUCGUCGAGCGUAACUGUGCUGAGCUGAGCGAAAAUAUACGCAAAGUCUCCAGACAAUUUAUAAAGACUAUAGAGGAUGUCGAAAGUUACUUAUUGGAAUCCGUUGAGAAAUUGCGCCAACGCCGUUUGGCUAUCUUAAAUGAUCAAAUGGCCGGCUUAAAAUCGGCUCCCGCUGGACUCUCUGAAACCAUUGAAAUGUUGCUAAAGAUACCAGAGAAUCGGUUAGGUAUGGAUCACAUUGAUAUUUCGAAGAAGGUUUUGAAUGCACAACGUCAACUUGAACAAUUUUCUGCUAUAUCCAAAGAUUUACAUCCAAAAUAUGAGGAAUAUGUAUUCAUUCCACCAGACCGUAAACUUUUGCAAGAUAUCCUCAAGAAAGGCGUAAUUGUACGAGUAAAUGAUAAUAAUACGAAUGCGGUAAAUGGUGCUGCUGUUAUCGGUGGAUCAGUCAGCGAUUCCGGGGCAGUUGGUCCUCUGCCUAGCGCUAAUGUGCCAGUUGCCGGUGUAUCAAUACCAAUUAACACAAACCGUCGUUUCAAUUGUGAGAAUAGUUUCAACAGCAUUCCUUCACCAAUGUUGCCAUUACGUAGUUGUAACGCUGGUGCCGUUGAAAGGGAGCUGGGCGUAUUGUGUAAAAAUUUACGUUUAAGUGCACCGCGCCACGCACCGGCUAUAGCAACAUUCACUGGACCUUUAAGAUCUCGCUUUUCCAAUACACCAUCGCUAUCAUUUGCCACAGAGGGUCACGCUAAUGGGCAAAUUAGCCGCCCUUGGGGCUUGUGUGUUGAUAAGCUGGGUCACAUAUUGAUCUCCGACAGACGUAAUAAUCGUGUGCAAGUUUUUAAUCCGGACGGUACACUGAAGUUUAAAUUCGGCCGUAAAGGUUCUGGAAAUGGAGAGUUUGAUUUACCAGCAGGCAUUUGUGUCGACAUAGAUAAUCGCAUAAUUGUUGUUGAUAAGGAUAAUCAUCGCGUACAAAUUUUCACUUCCACUGGUAUCUAUAUAUCGAAGUUCGGUAGCUUUGGCAAAGAGCGUGGGCAGUUCCAAUAUCCAUGGGAUGUGGCUGUAAAUUCGCGACGUCAAAUUGUUGUAACCGAUUCACGUAAUCAUCGCAUACAGCAGUUCAAUUCUGAGGGUCGUUUCAUACGUCAAGUCGUUUUCGAAAUUAAUUUUCAAACAAAGGAUCCUGCUUCACCGCGCGGAGUUUGUUAUACACCAACUGGUAACAUUAUAGUAUCGGACUUCGAUAAUCAUUGUCUAUUUCUAAUAAAUCCAGAAAGCAGUACGAUUUUGUCAUCUAAAGGACAAGAAGGUGAUGGAGUCCAAGAGUUUAAUGGUCCUUCCGGAAUUUGCUGCGACGACGAUGGACGCAUUAUUAUUGCAGAUUCUAAAAAUCAACGUAUCGUUGUUUACAAUUCAAUCUUAGAACAUCUAUGGAACAUUGAAAUACGUCCAUCGAGAAAUCCUUCGAUGCCGCGAAAUAUCGGCGAAAAAGAUCGAGCUUGCGACGUUUCUCUUAUGCCUGAUGGUCGAAUUGUUUUUCUGAUCGAGUUGUCACCUGAUACCAAAGAGGACUCCAAUCCUUCUAAAAGAUUUGUAUACGUUUUUUAA